UUUUGCUUUAUUAAUUCUUACAGAUCAGUCAUUGGACUCCACAAUCAUGAAGAAAUUAUUCAAAAAAUUCACCCUUUUCAUGGCAAUAGCAGCUAUGACCUUUCUGAGCAGGUAUGCCCUAAAACAGAAAAGCUUUUACAUCAUGAAUAUCCUAAUAUGGAAUGGCUUACAUCCAAGAACACACUAUGAUCCUGAAAUCUCCCGUCUGAUAGAAAGUGUACCCUCUGCUACUUUCUCUGCAAAAACUGUUUUAAGACAAGGAAAUGGAAUCUUAUUUAUGGAGACCACAGACAAAAUGGAACCACCACCUCUGGUCUUAUGUGCUAUUGAGUCAGCGGCUCGAGUCUACCCUGACAGACCAGUGGUCUUCUUCAUGAAAGGACUGGGGGAUAUCAUGACAGAGGACGAGGAGAAAAGAACAAGAAAACGUUUUCCAACUCUCUCUUCUUUUCACAAUAUCUACUUCUUCCCGCUCAAACUGAAUAAGUUAUUUAAUAACACGCCUCUUAUGGAAUGGUUCGAAGAGGUGAACCCCAAAAAAGAAAAGUACUGGACCCAUGUUAUUUCUGAUGCCAGCCGGUUUGCUAUGAUGUGGAAACAUGGUGGCAUUUAUAUGGAUACUGAUAUCAUCUCCAUUCACCCAAUACCUAAGGAUAAUUUCGUAGCAGCUGAAUCUGCUAGAGUUACCAGCAGUAGUGUUUUUGGGCUGCCGCCCUUUCAUAACGUAACCUGGGAGUUUAUGAAAAAUUUUGUGGUGGAAUACAAAGGAUAUAAAUGGGGACACCAAGGACCAGGAGUGUUCACACGUGUUAUGAAAAGGUUGUGUGGAGAAAUAGUAUUUACAUUUUUGGUAGAUAAUGUAUGUCAAGAUAUAUUUUACUUUCAUCCUUAUCGUUUCUAUCCAAUUUUGUAUUCAUCCUGGGAAACAUUUUUUGAAGUUAAUGAAAAUCCACCAACUUUCACAGACUCGUAUGUCUAUGUCGUAGUUCUAUGGAACUAUAAAAACAAAGUUGGUCUAACCAUGGUUCCUGGAAGUAAUACAUUAGUGGAGCACCUCUAUAAAAAAUACUGCCCGCUCACAUAUGGAGCAAUUCUGAGAAACGAAACGAUUUACAUUUAAAAAAUAACUUCACGUCACAUCAGUCACAAUAUUCGGACUUGCUACAAAGAGAAUUGGCUAAAGCUACCAGCAAAUUAGCCCUGGACAUACAACAAGAUUUCCAGGAACUGGGGAGCCGGUUGGAAAGCAUUAAAUCUAAAGUAGAUGACACCGUUCAUAACUCUAACAUGAUAACUAACUUGCACGAUCGCCUUGAGGAAGCCUACUCUAAGAUCGACAACCUUGAAAACCGCGCCAGGCGCUAUAAUUUUCAUAUCAGGGGCAUUCCUGAAAAUGUGAAAGAUAUCACUUCAGUCACUUAUUCACUAAUGCAAGCUGCAGUACAGGCAUACCCCACUUUUAAGUACACAAUGGGGUUUAU